AUGCUCGCGGAGCACGACCCCCAGUUCCACCUCAACGGCGGCCGGGAGACGUCGCGGAAUCUGUGGAUCGCGAAACCCGCGGCGAAAUCCCGCGGCCGGGGCAUCGCGACCUUCGACGACCUCGACAAGAUGCUCGACCACUGCGACGCCAAGACCGGCGGCUCCGGCGCGUUGUGGAUCGUGCAGAAGUACAUGGAGAGCCAGCUUUUGAUCGCGGAGCGCAAGUUCGACCUCCGGCAGUGGGUGCUCGUGACGGACUGGAACCCGCUGACCAUCUACUUCUACGACGAGUGCUACGCGCGCUUCUCCGCGGAGAAGUACUCGGACACGUCCGAGUCCCUCGAGAACCCCUUCGUGCACAUGGUCAACAACUCCAUCGUCAAGAACAGCGACAAGUUCCACGCCAAGGUCGUCGCGGAGAACGGCGUCGAGGUCCGCGCCAAGGCCGCGCACCGGGCCGCGGCGUCCGGCGGCGACGUCUUCCGGGAGCUCAUCCAGCCCAAGAUGAUCGAGAUCGCGACGCGGGCGCUCCAGUGCGCCCAGGAGGCCGUGGAGCACCGCAAGAACUCCUGGGAGCUCUACGGCUACGACUUCAUGAUCGACGGCGAGCUCAACCCCUGGCUCAUCGAGGUCAACUCUUCCCCGGCCUGCGACUACUCGACGAAGGUCACGGAGCGCUACGUGCAGAAGGCGCUCGUCGACGUGCUCAAGGUCACGGUGGACCGGCGC